CUAUACAGAACCCAGAAAGGAAAAGAGCUACAUGCACAACCAAAGUUUAGGGUCCUUGACAAAUAAGAAUAAUCUUCCAUGGCGAAUCCGUCGAUUACUUGACCGAUAAAGCUAAUUUCUGUCAUUAUCCUCCAUAAUCAUCUCUGCACACAAAUGAAUAGUAUAAAGAAUAUUUUGGGCCAUCACAUCUUUAAUACUAAGAAUCGAAAAACACAUCAAUAAGAUGGGAAGAUGACGUAAAGGAUUCGUAUCGCAAAAAGAUUAUAUUACUCCAUUGAAUUCAACGGGCGAAAACGAAUGUUAUUUUGUCAUGGCAAUCCUCGCGCUUUUGUCAUCUCCUUUCUAAAACCCCAAACUAGUACUAUUCGCCUCUCCUUCCUCCGCUUAUCCGGUGGACCAAAACCUAGCCGCCUCGGCUUCAGUCGCCGCCACUUCACCAGAACCUCUAUCUCUGCAAUCGGCACCUCUGCAUUUCUACUACAUUCGUCUGCUGACCCCAAAAACGAGCCCCAAAAUCGUCCGUCCCUACGUUUCAACAAGCCAUUCAGUGACUCUAGGAAUAUUGGACUUCGGUUGGAUGUGCCAUAAUGCAAUGCAGCAACAUAGAGGUUGGAGCUGGGACUAUGAAUCCUCUGACCUUCUUGAGGGUUCUUGGUCCAGAACCAUGGAAUGUAGCGUAUGUGGAGCCUAGUAUCCGUCCAGAUGAUAGUCGUUAUAGGCAAAACCCAAACUGCCUUCAGCGCCAUACUCAAUUUCAGAUAGCAGAGGCCUUGUUGGAAAUCACACUUCCUAGAUUUUCUGGAGAUGUGCUUCCAAAGACUGCAGUGGGGAUAUCUUUGGCGGUUGCUGACAGAUUAGAUAGCCUUAUUGGCUUAUUUGCUGCCGGUUGUCAGCCUAGUUCCACUAAUGAUCCAUUUGGCCUGCAGAGAAUUUCUUAUGGCUUAGCAAGUUAAUUGAUCAGUUGUUGCGAGCCUUUGAGUCAGCCAGGAUUUUUAAUUUAAUGCUGCAUUUGUUUGUUUAGGUUCAAAUAUUGGUGGUAAAGGAUAAAAAUUUGGAUUUGCUCCAGGCUUUAAGACUUAAAGCUGACAGCCUAUUAAAGCUGA